AUGAAUUUCGGAGAUAUUCCAGAUCUUUCACAAGAUUUUGAACGUCGCGGUUCAGAAAGCGAUACAUUUAGAAGGCCAUCUUAUAAAGAAAAGUUUCAUGCAAAAAAGGCGAAACAAAUUAUUCAACAAGUUGUUUCAGGGAAAUUAGAUCAAGCUAUAUAUGAAAAAGAUCAAGCACCAGGUUGGGCUAAUGAGAUUGCUGAAGAAAUUAAAGCUAAAUUAUUGGAAAUGGAACUUAGCAGGUACAAGUAUAUUAUCAAUGUAACAAUAUUAGAAAAUAAAAAAGGAGCUGGUGCUCGUAUACAAGUGAAUGGUUUAUGGGAUUCGAGUUCUGAUGGUUAUGCACAAGAAAUAUUUAAGAAUAGCAAUACUAAUCUCUAUUUUAAAUUCGAAUUUCACUAG